AUGGUAGACGUAGCCGUACAGACGGAGCCCCCUGAGGGGUUUGUGUCUUUAGAUGAUGUGUUAAUAUUCUUCUCCCGGGAGGAGUGGGAGUUACUUGAUGAGGCUCAGAAACGCCUAUACUAUAGAGUGAUGCUAGAGACAGUUGGACUGGCGAUCUCAGUGAGACUUGGAAAUUCCAAAUUCCCUGAGAUUACCCAGCCCGAGCCAGAGAGAGUUUUCAGGGUUCCUGACAGUGUAGACGCAGCUCUAGGCAAGACAGAGAUGACCUGGGGGAACCUUAACACUAGCUCUUGGCAUACAGUGGAGGCUGAAGAUGCAUCUUCUGAGCAGGGUGUUACUGCAAGAGUGUCACAGGAGAGCUCUCUUGAGGUGGGUCCUUCCAUCCAAAACAGCCACCCAUGUGACAUGUGUGACCCCAUCUUGAAAUACAUUUUGUGUGUGGCUGGGCAUGAGGAAACAUCCCCUGGGCAGCCACUGUAUCCCUGUAUGUCAUGUGGGAGAUCCUUCUGGUUCAGUGCAAACCUUGACCAAAUACAGAAGGAGCAGAGUGGAGAACUAUUGCCUAGAAUAGAAAAUGUCCGGACCAUCUCUGUGGAGAGCUGGGAAAACCAAAUGUCAGAGGCCUUCCCUUUCGGAGAGGGUGAGGAGGACUUUUUGGCCAGCUCUGGACUUGCUCAGCUUGAUGCCACUGAGGAUGGGAAGACUCCACACAGGAGCGCUGAGUAUGAGGAGGCCUUUCACACUGGGCAAAUGGAUUACAAGUGCAGUGAAAGUGGGGAAGCUUCCAGCCACAAAGAUGAAUUUGUUCAGCACCAGAACAUCCACAUGGGAGAAACGUAUGAUGAGUGCAGUGAAUGUGGGAAAUCAUUUAGCCAGAGAGCCUACUUUCUAUUACACAAGAAAAGUCACCUCAAAGCAAAACCUUACAAGUGCAGCGAUUGUGGGAAAGCAUUUUGCCACAAAUUCAGCCUCAAAGUGCACCAGAGUCAUCACACAGGAUUCAGGCCUUAUGAGUGUACUGAAUGUGGGAAAUCCUUUAUCAAAAGAUACCAGUUCGUUCAGCACCAGCAAGUUCACACUGGAGCAAAACCAUACAACUGCAGUGAAUGUGGGAAAGUCUUCAGCCGAAGAGACACACUUACUGAACACCAGAGAAUUCACAGUGGAAUAAAGCCUUUUAUGUGUGGCGUAUGUGGGAAAGCCUUUCUCCGUAAAAGGGCGCUUGGUAAGCAUGAGAAAAUCCACACUGGAGAAAAGCCCUAUAAAUGUGAUGAAUGUGGGAAAUUCUUUCGCCACCGUUCCUGCCUUUCAAGACAUAAGAAGAUUCACAGUAAAACAGAGCCUUCUGCCUAUGCAUGCGCUGAAUGUGAUAAAACCUUCAUCACUAAUUUCAACCUUAUUCGACACAAGAAAAUUCACGCCAGAGCUCUUAGGCUUGUGGGUGAAGUGAAAGUGGAAAAUUCUUUGGUGGCAACUUAA